ACUACGUUCCCAUCAUUAUUACGCUUGCACCUCUUCUUGAACUUUCUUCUACUGCAAUCAGCAAACAGGAAAUCGCUGGCUUUCUAGUAAUAGGUCUAAUUCGCGCUAUUAUGGAUAUCGACAAUCAACAACCACAGGAUCCUGACUCAGUUGAUCCCGCCCAGUCUUUGCGAGCAGCCGCUUUGCUUUCAAGAAAGCGCCGCAAAGUAGCUGCCGAGCAACCGCCAACAGUGCCCCAACGCCCCCAGGUCGACCAGACUGUGCACUUAGAUUACGGUCAAGAAGAGACUGCUACACCAUCAGAGCCUUCUGCAAAUUUUCCCGCGACACAGAUAAAGGCUCUAUCGACAUCAGAAGAGGCUCAUACUCCGAUACCAGAAAUUGAAGAUGGUCAGAUCCGAGAGGAAGGUGAAAUCAGCGAUACGGAAGAAGCCGCCCCUCCACCAGCAAGGCCUACCUCGCCGCCUCCAAAAUUCCGGAGGCUCGAAACAUCCUCGAAGGAUUCCAAACUCGUUCCUACCUCUCCAGUGCUCGAGUCAAAUGCCAGGAAUCGGCAUUCACCUCACCUCGAUUCUCCCUUUGCGUCCUCAAAAUCCGCUUUCGAAUCAGAAACCUUCCAGCCACCACCACCAACUUUCUCGCAACCUUUUUUCCUCGAAACAUCCACGUAUAGACUUGACCCAGAUCAUGUCAGGCCAGGGCUGGCCAUGUCCGAGGAUCAAUAUAAUACCGCCAAAGACAUCGUCUUGGAUCUACUUGGUUGGGGUGUUCCCCCCGAGUACCUUGUUGACUGUGGCCUUAGUCGUCACGUCGUGUUCUACGUUUUUACCGAACUCAACUUGCGGAUGCCAUCUAAUUUGGAUACCAACGGUCUUAUUCCAUACCCUACACCUGAAAUGUUGUCGUCCAUUCCCGCGUCACCUUCGCAAUCAAUUCGCUCCACCCCAUCUACGAUGCCUCCACCCCCGACAAUCCCUUCCCACAAAGAGUUCACUAGCCCAGUUGUUACGGCUGCUUCUGAUCGCCCGCGUAUCAGACUCGCUGCUCGUCUCGGCCUCCGUAUACCGCCAGUGGGUGAGCCCACUGAUGUGAAAAUGGAGCCAACGUCCCCGUCGGCAGCUGACUCGCCGUCAUCCCUUCACAUGAUCGAGCAGCAACGGCGACAAGAGUUACUUGCUCGAAAAGCUGUAUUUGCUUCUCGCAAAGCCAAACCGUCUGAUUCCCCUGGCAGUUCAUCUUCGGUCAGAGACAGGGACGUUGAAAUGCCUUAUGUUGCUCCAACUGAGAUUGUCGAAGAUUUUUUAAAGAGCAUUCCUGCUGUGGAUAACGAAAUCGCAGAUAGCGGUAGCAAUUCAGCAUCCUCGCGCCCGGCGCGAUACUCCAGUCCUGAAAUCAUGGACGUUGACCAGACCUUCCCUGCUCUUGUUACUCCACAAUCAGCCACUUCUGCGGAGCCAUCUGACCAAACUCCCUUCCAUUCUGCUGAUUCAGAAACGUCUGGCGCUAUUUCGCCGGCAACUGAUGCUCCACCUUCGUCCGGUAAUUCCACUACUCAGUCCUCAGAUACGUAUUCUGGAGCAUCCUCAUCCACCACGUCAGCUCUGGCUGAUUACUCGGCACCUUCCAACUCUACCACUCCAAGUUUCACAUCUACCACUCCAGGUUAUGACACCAAUGGCCUGCAACGGAGGGGUACCAAGCGACCGGUCGCUGCCGACUUCGUUGACUUUGACCAUGGUUCUGGUACUUCCAGAUUUGCUUCCGGCAACGGGUAUUCAAGUAAUGGCUACACGCACCCUAAUUUAAUUCGACGGAACACAGGGAGUUUUGCGGGAGUGAGUGGCAUGCGACGAUGUGUCAUCGAACUCAGCGACAGCGAAGAUGAUGGAGAUGGCGAUGGGACUGGUGAUACUGCUUUUUAUGACGGUCCAUCAUCGCAUUCACCGAUGAUGAUCUUCGCGCGUGCUGCACGUUUUGGUGGCAGUGGAACGCCAAUAUCAUCCUAUAGUUUUGCUAACGGCGAAGGGCGCUCGACUCCCCCAAAUCUGCAUUUAACCAACGCCAACGCCUCUUUGGGUAUGUCGCCUGCUGCUCUUGCUGAGAAAGAGGAGGAGAUCAAAAGGAUGCGUCAAAUGAUUGCUCAGAGAGAAGAGCUCCGGCAGAAAAAGCUUGCCGCUAUGUCGGGCAAAGGGACUCCGACAAUUCAACCUGCAGCCGCAGGGUCUUCCAUAGCCGAUAUUGCUGCACCUUCAGCGAGCACAGUUAGGUCAGAAAGCGAUCCCGGAGCGGCCAUCAAUCACGAGGACACCGCUCUACCCCUUCAUAAUGGCCGCGUUGGGAGUGCGCAGUCUGAAAAUGCUGAAGAUGCGGUUAUGGGAGAUGCGCAAGAUGACUCUGAACCGACCGCAGCCCAGCAAAGCGCCGAUAAUUCAAUGGUCAUUUCCGCUGAGGAAGCUGCUUCUGGAGACACCAGCAGCGAAAUAACCUCAGCAAAGCACACCAUGGGGGGUGCAGGAUUCGAGCCACUCACUAAUGAUGGCACCGUCGACGAAGACCAAGAGCUGACGAUGACAGAGGAAGCACGUUCCGAAAAAUGGGCAAGGACCUUUCUCCCGUUUCAUUUAACCGUGUUUUAUGUCCUGACUUUUAUUCUUUGUUUCUUUUCUCCAUUUGUGAUUUCUGGGAUCGGAUCUAGGUAUCUUCAAGCGCAACGUUUCAUCAAACUGCUGGCGUGUUUGAUGUAUCAUCGUCGUCAGAGGUCCCGAAGAAGGAAUUGCAAGAUUCUCAAACGAGCUUUCCGUCUUAUGAUUCGCCAUUCUCGACCUACCCUCUACUUCUAUCCCAAUUACGUGCAACGGGUCUUGAUGCCGAUUCUUCUCAAGAUCCUCGGCGAAUUGCCACUCAUUCAUCCAGAUCGACAUCGCGAGGGAGUGCUAGCUAUGCACUUAAUUUAUCAUCACCAUCACCACCCACUUCGCUUAUCUACUGUGCACCAUCAUUAUCUCAUUCAUGUUCCACUGUUUUUGUUCCAGAUCUCAAGCCUUUGAAGCUUGCGACAUUGCAGCGCGCCCUUGGACAACUCAGUGCUAGCGAUUCAGGUCUUCGGGUAUGUCAGUACGAAGUGCCUGGUGGAGGUGUUUGUCGCGACAAAGACUGUAACGAUCUGCAUCUGAGCCGACUCGAGAGCGAACCGAGUG